GGAGCCCGCAGCGCGUGCGAGCUUGGCGGGCUCUUGAUUGGCUGAGGCGCGCCGGCCGGCCUUUUCGCCGCCUUACCCCCUCCCCUUCACCCUCCCCCCCCCCUCGAUCCUCUCCCCGCUUUUCCUUCAUUUGAGGGGAACCGUCGCGCUGAGGUAAACUGCACCUUCCUACCCUUCUGGGCAGGACCAGGAGGAUGGCGGCGGCGCGGGCAGAAGCGCUGGGUCUGGGUCUGCUUGCGGGCUUUUCUUUCGGCUUCUCCUUGGUGUGAAUGAUGAUAUUCCUAUCGGUGUAGUACCAGUGAUAACUCUUAUCCAGGACUUCACAAUUCGCAGAUGGUUGCUUAGUGGACUUGAAGUGUUGAGACGUUCUGAAAAUUAAUGGACUGAUUAAAGCAAUUUGCAAACUCCAGGUGUGAAGUAAAAAUGGUGCAAAAAUAUCAGUCUCCUGUUAGGGUCUACAAAUACCCAUUUGAGCUGGUCAUGGCGGCUUAUGAGAAGCGCUUCCCCACUUGCCCAGAGAUCCCUGUUUUCCUGGGCAGUGAGAUCCUUAGUGAAUCCAAGAGUGAUGAUGGAGCCAUCCACAUAAUUGAACGCAGCUGUAAAUUGAAUGUAGAUGCACCUCGGUUACUGAAGAAGAUUGCUGGAGUAGAGUAUGUCUUUUUCAUACAAAAAAACACGGUCAACUGGAAGGAGCGAACUCUUAUGAUUGAAGCUCAUAAUGAGACUUUUGCCAACCGUGUCAUUGUCCUGGAGACAUGUAACUAUUCAGUUCACCCUGAGAAUGAAGACUGGACAUGCUUUGAACAAUCUGCAUCUCUUGACAUCAAGUCAUUCUUUGGCUUUGAAAACACAGUGGAGAAAAUUGCAAUGAAACAGUACACAGCCAACAUCAAGCGGGGCAAAGAAGUGAUAGAGCAUUAUCUAAAGGAACUGAUUUCCCAGGGGAUCACUUUUAUCCCCCGAUGGACUCCUCCAGCAGUCAGAGGGAAAACAGCUAAGAGGCCUUCAUCAGGAUGUGAGUGUGGCACUGUACCAGCAGCAGCCCCCCCACACGGAAGUGACAAAGAACAGCGAGGCAGCACCUGCUCCUCUGUGGAGGCAUCAACCCCCGAUGCUGACAAACUAGAUGCUGAUUACAUAGAAAGGUACCUAGGGCAAUUGACUCCCAUGCAGGAAAGCUGCCUGAUCAGACUCCGUCAGUGGUUGCAAGAAACACACAAAGGCAAGAUACCCAAAGAUGAACAUAUCCUCCGUUUUUUGAGGGCUCGUGACUUCAACAUUGACAAGGCUCGAGAGAUGCUGUGCCAGUCACUGACCUGGCGCAAGCAGUACCAAGUAGACUACAUCCUGCAAACAUGGAGACCACCUUCUCUUCUGGAAGAAUACUAUACUGGUGGUUGGCAUUACCAUGACAAAGAUGGAAGGCCACUUUACAUACUUCGCCUUGGUCAGAUGGACACCAAAGGUCUUGUGAAAGCACUGGGAGAGGAGUCACUCCUUCGUCAUGUACUGUCAAUUAACGAGGAAGGACAAAGGAGGUGUGAGGAAAACACCAAUCUAUUUGGCCGCCCAAUCACAUCUUGGACCUGUCUCGUUGACCUUGAAGGGCUGAACAUGCGCCACCUCUGGCGCCCUGGAGUAAAAGCACUCCUUAGAAUUAUUGAAGUGGUUGAAGAAAACUACCCAGAGACCUUGGGAAGGCUUCUGAUUGUGCGAGCACCCAGAGUGUUCCCUGUUCUGUGGACUCUGGUGAGUCCCUUUAUCAAUGAGAACACUAGGCAGAAGUUCCUCAUUUACAGUGGCAACAAUUAUCAGGGACCUGGAGGGCUCGUGGAUUAUCUUGACAAAGAUGUGAUUCCAGACUUCCUUGGAGGAGAAUGUGUGUGUAAUGUGCCUGAAGGUGGCCUUGUUCCCAAAUCACUCUAUCAAACAGAUGAAGAGCCUGAAAUCUCUGAUCAUAUCCGCCUCUGGACAGAAACCAUCUAUCACUCUGCAAAUAUAUUCAAAGGUGCUCCUCAUGAGAUAGUUGUGGAAAUCUUGGAAGGUGAAUCGGUGAUCACCUGGGACUUCGACAUUCUGAAAGGAGAUGUCGUGUUCAGCCUCUUCCAUUCCAAGAGAGCACCUGAGAUUUGCCGCAAGGAGCCUACAGUGCCAAAUGCUUUGACUGUGGGGGAUAAUAUACAGCUAAUAGGCAAGAGCUGGGUCCUGGGGGUGGACUAUAGCCGUGUGGAGUCCCAGCUGGUGUGUCGUGAAGGCGAGAGCAUCCAGGGUUCUCAUGUGACUCGUUGGCCUGGCUUUUAUAUCCUCCAGUGGAAAAUGCACAGCCCAACUCCCUGUGCUGGGACCAGCCUCUCUCGGGUUGAUGAUGUCUUGGCUACACUCCAGGUCUCCAACCACAAGUGCAAGAUUAUGUAUUACUAUGAGGUGCUUGCAUCCAAGGAAUUCAGGGGAUCCAUGACAAGUCUGGAAUCCUGCAACAGUGGAUUUUCACAGCUCAGUGGAGCAACAACAUCUUCCAACCAAUCGCAGAGCAGCUCUCUGAUUUCUAGAUAACAUCAUCUAGGAACUUGCUGAACACUGAUCAAUGAACUGCUCAGCUGAGAUGCUUUCCUCAGGUCUGCUCCAUAGAACGAGCCAAAGAGUCCUGUGGCGGAAUGCUAGUGCCUAGGGAUGACCUUCUAGGGGAACACAAGUAACAGCAGUUUGGACACAAAGAUGUUUCUAGGGAGCCGCUUGAAAUCCUUGCUUUUUCGGGAAUAGACUUGCAGCUUCUAAACCUUGAAGACUGAUUUUCCUGGACCGUGUAUUAACAAAUCUGUGCAUUAGACUGCAUAUCACUUUUGCAUGAAUUUUACGUGAUUCCUAUGGUUUAAAGGGCUCUUUCCAGUCAACUUAACUCUACGUAAAUGUAGAGCUAUCUGGUGUUGCCUUACCUAUUAGGACCUGUAGAGCUGUCUCUUAUGUGUAGCAAAAACUAGUCUAGUUUCACCGGGGCAUCAGCCAGUGCCAUUUGUGUUUUAACAAGAUGCAUAAGGUGCCUCGGUAGCAGGGAUUACAUGCAAACUGCUAAUAUGUACAUAAAUAGAUGGGGGUGGGUGGGAGGAAACAAGGUUUCCAGGUUACUUCAAGUAGGAAACAUAUCUGAGGUUAGAUACCUAGAUUUAGCUAGUUUAACAUGCUUUGGCAUCCCUGAGAGACCCCAAAAAUGUACAUAAGUUUCUCCUGCAGUGCACAGAAACGCCUUCUUUCUUAAAGGAGUAAGCACUGAUACUCCCCCCCACCCCCAUUUUUUCUCAGGUCUAUGAGCAAUAAAUGAGUAGAUCUCUGCCCCAUCCCUCUCUCAGGGUAGGAAGUGAAUUCCAUUACAAAGGGCUAAGCAAAGCAAUAUUUAAUUUCUACAGGCACAAAACAACUCCACAGUGUUGACGAAGCUCUUAUUUUUGAAAGCAGGCACAAAUUCAAGUUGGGGUGGGCACUUUAAGAGUGUGUGUGUGUGUGUGUGUGUGUGUGCGCGCGCGCGUGUGUGUGCAUGAAUAUAUGAAAAUUCCUCUUUAUUCAAACAAGAUUAAGACUUAAAUUAAUAACUUAUUUGUAUCAUUUUAUAGGUACAACUCAAGUAUGUAUUAUGAAAUAUGCCCUUCCCUUUUGGUGUGUUGAUCUUUUGGGGCCAGAAGGAGGAAUUCUGAUCAUAUUCAGCUUUGUAAGGCUGUUUCACUGAAACAUGGUUUCAUAACUGGAUAUUUUUGGAGCACAGGACUGCAUUAUGCAGAAUUACCUGCACAGGUCUCCAUUUAAUCUUUUGAGUUUGAUAAGGUUGUGGCCUACAUUGUAACUGGAAAACUGCUCUGGUAAUACGGCCCUGAAUAAUUAAGGACCUUGAUUUUGUAAAAUUUAUAUGCCCUGGAACGAUAACACCUGGGACUGCACAAACUUCACUGUGGGGUGGGCAUGGUUUAUUGAUAAUAAGAUUGUUGUGAAGUUACAUAGAAAGGGAAGAAAAGGAGAGGUGAAUGUUGAGAUACUUCUGAGUAUGCAUGAAACACGAGUUCUCCUUGGCAAGGUUUAUUUUUACUUCCUGUAAUUAGGGGAUAAGUAAGAAGACAAAUCAGCUGAGAUUCCAGCUGCCUUCGCUUGCCUGUGUGUUUGUUCAAAGGUGCACUGCAGUGCUGGGGAGAGAAAAGGGAAGCAAGCAGGACCAGUCACUACAGCAAAGUGCGUCAGUGUUGCUGUUUCUCUGUGCAGAGGGACUGCAGGGAAUUAGCUGCCCAAGCUUGCCUUAGAAGCCUAAUUCCAAGCAAUCCUUUUGAGGAAAUAGCUGUAAUGUGUAAGUAACACUUUCGGUUGCUUUAUCUUAGUCCAAGGCUGAAUGUUGCAUGCAAUCUCCUGAGAGGAGAUUUAAUGAAAAGCAGCUUGGGGCAGGGAACAGGUAGGGGGCAAUUUUGAGCUGAAAAACCAGACGGUGGGGAGGAAGAGUUACCGGUAACUGCAUGCAUAAACAUUAGUGUUCUGGUUCCUGUCAUAGCCUUCUGAGGCUGCUUUUUCUUAAUAUUUUGGAUGUAACAUCUACUUUAAUCCUUAAAGCAAAUUCCAACUUUGCUGGAAUAAUACCUAGUCUAAGAUGGUUCCAGUUCUCUUUUUAAAGGAAAAUUAUGGCUGCUUUCUCUCUCUUGGACUGUAUUGGGAAUGGCAUGUCUCAAAAACGUUGCAUGGGUUGUAGAGGAAGAAAUACCAGGUACUUUAGGUUUCCCAUGAAAAUGAAGAGGGUUUCCAGUUCCACUUUUAAGUAUUCUUACAGUGAAGCAGGUUGUGAUCUGCCUCAGCUAAGGUCUCAGCAGACUACUUAAUCUGUAGGUUACUGUCAGAUUCUGCUUCAUUUUAAAGACCUAUUUCGUGUCAUAAAUGAUGACGGCAGCUUUAUAAAUGCAUAUAUUCUCUAAAGCUUAAUUUUUGUUUUCCUUCUCAGAUGUUGAGGAGUCUCGAGUCUAGACUCAGGAGGAUGUUUCUCCUGCAACCUAGUAGGGUUAGGGCCUGCUUAAUCAGCACCUCUGUUCUGCAAGAGUGAAUCUAAUAUGAAUGAUAGGAAGGAUGGUAGAGGGCUAUGCAGACCUGCUGUUGAUUAUGAAUGAAGCUUGUGUGCAAAGACUUAAUAAGGAGAUGAAGAUUGGAGAUGCCCUGUCAUGACCAAUAUAAUUGAACUGAUCCUUCCCAUAUUGAUGGGGAAAACAAUUUUCUCUACCAUUUGUCAGUGGAGGAAGAAGAGUCCUCUGUCCCUUCCCAUUCUCCUCCAACCCAGUUUUAACUGUGACAACCUGAAUUUCCUAUUAAUUGACAAACAGCCUAGUUCUUGAGUCAACCUCUGAAGUGGGUGGCAGCUUUGGUAUGUGAACCAGCCUGCUCUAUGUUACUGACUUCCUGUGGCAGCCAGACCUUUGCUUCUACCUAUAAUUUUCCCGCCUUGCCUAUAGUCUUCCAUCUCAUUGUAGAUCCCAGUACAUAUUGACCUGUAACAGCUGGAAACAACAGAGGUAUAUAUAUGUGUUGUUUGCCCAAAUGGGCCCUAGGGCAUAGUUUGGACACAAAGGAUGUAGCAGCCUUGCAGAAGUCAGUGUCUGGAUGGGAGACUGCCUGAAAACUCCAUGCAUCCUGCCUUGAGUUCCAUCAUGGAAGAAAGAUGGGAUAUAAAUGUAAGUAAAAAUGUAUGAUCCCAUGUACAAUAAGUAUUUUAAGACUAUAACCUUUAAUUAUUA